AUGAGUUUUCUUGGACUAGGAUGGAAGAGCAACAACAAAAAGAAACAAAAGAAAAUAGACAAUAGGAUCGAUGCAAAUGUACAAACGCAAGAGCCCAAGGGGUCUAUUUUUAAUAGAUUCCUUGAAUUUAUAGCACCUCCACAACAAACAGAUCAAAAGGAACACAACAUAGGUCAACUACAAGAAAACGGAGUUAAUAAUACUUUGAAUGACCAGGUUGGCAAUAUAAAAUCACUAAAUGGCGCUGAAGGGAUAGGUCAAAUGAAAAAUAAUGGCGACGAUGAGUUAUAUUUUGAUGCACAAGAUUCCAUUGUGGCUGAUAAUUCAGGUACAGUAAAAGCAUGGUUAGAGAAUACAUAUUUACCUUCAAAUGAACAAUUGUCCAAGAGUAUUCAUGACACCCCAAGCUUAUACAAAGAACGUUUAUCUUGGAGAAGCAGAAAUGCCAAUCAGCUGGAAGUUGAAACUUCAGUUAUACUCUCUCCACAACUUUCUAAAUACUCGAACGCUUCAAAUGUAAAACCAGAGAGACCAUUACAGUCUAAAAUACGGGAUAUUGGAACUCCAACACCGCAAAAGAAAAAUUGCCCUCUGUCUCUUGAAGAAGCAACUGAAGCUUUAGACGAUUCGAAUAUUAGACCUAAUGAAAAUAUUAAAUCAAUAGAUUUAGAAACAUCGAGAAUCAAGAAACCCAAAAAAUCAGCAAAGUGGAGGAUCUCACAGAUGUUGAAGAAAAGAAUGGAAAAAGAAAAGGAGGUUCUAGAGCCACAAACUAUUUAUUCACCGAAAAUGGAUAUAGUCACCAGUAAAUCCCCCUUUUCACCCAAUUUAGGUCAUCCACGCAAGUCCCAAUCUCCAUCUUCAACAAAUUCUAAUCAUGUUAAUUUUGUUGAAUCUGCAACUGAUAAGUUUAGCAACAAAGUUGGCGAGACUAGCUUUGAAGAAUCACCAUCUUUGAAAACGCGAAAGGAGAAACAGCUACAAGUUAACACAUCUGCUGGUACCAUAUCGCUUCGGCGUAAACAGAGAGUUGCUGAUGAAGGGAAUGUUUCAAAUCUUCAGGACUAUAUGAACUUGCGCUCUAAGGUUAUGGAUGCAAAUCAUAAUGAUAGACAGCCGAUUCAAAAGCAGUUGUCAGAUUUCAAGACCACUAAUACGUCAACUCCAAAUUCUAAAAAAAGUCGACUUUUAAUACGCGCAAGUCCACAAGAAGAAAACAACAACUUGAUAAAAUUUCGAAUACGCCCAAGAAAAAACCAGAGACUUGAAGUGCAAACUCAACUUUUGGCUCAAGAAGAAGAGCAAGAGAAAGAGCAAAAGCAAGAGCAACUUGGUCGUAAAGAUCACAAUGGUCAGUCUUCAAGUUUCGUCAAUGACCAACAAAAUCAUUUUAAUUCACCAUUGGAUAGCAAGAAUAUUUUGCAAACUCUGCCUACCAGUCAAACACACCAGACAAAUCAAAGACAGCCAACACAACAAACAAAACAAACACCAAAAGUUUUUGAUUCGAAAUUUAAUGUAACCAGUCCUCCAGAACAUUUUAUCCAGCCCCUUGAGUCUACCACCCUGAACACAGAACCUAUUAACUCAAGUCCAGUCACCAUAAUUAGAGUAAUUGAAGGGAAAAACUCUACCAAUAAUAACGAUUUUACUUUGCGACUGCUUCCAACUAGCCCUCCUAAAUCCAACACUCACAUUCACAAAAUUGGGGAGUUUUAUGUCAAACUGCCGCACAGGACUCCUAAACCAUUAAAUUUUUUCCCAACAGAGACUCAGCACUUGCAUUCUCUGAAUGAGUCUUUGCAUCGCCAUGAAAAAAAAUCCAAGUCCUUGAUACCAAUUACGACACCUGAAAAACAGACGUUGAAAAAGAUACGUGCUCCACAAAGUAGUUCCUUGUUUCCAACCAGGUCUCCCGAGAUGGUUCUGGGUGAUGAUCUGCAGAAGAUCUUGAGUGUUGACAAUUUUCAAAUAUCAUCUCCUAAACUUUCGGCAUUCGUGAGAGCUUCACCAAAACUGAUCAAUGCCCAAUUUAGACCGAGAGAGCACGAGGAUUUGACAACAAAUAAACAACAAUUAGUCAAUAAGGAUAAUAGUAGUACAGAAAUUGAGCAAAGUCAAAUAACUAAAUUUCCACUCACAGCAGCUCAAAAGAGGAGAAAAAGGAUUGCAGAAAGAGCUAAGGAGUUAGAAGCGAAACAGAAAGUUAAAAAACGCAAGAAAAUCAUACGCAGAGGGAAUGUCUCAUGGAUGGCAAAUACAAGUGAUGAAUAUAGUGAGGAUGAUGAAAUACAGGAAAUAGCUGAGGCGAGGGCUCAAGCUGCCAUCGAUAAUAAAAAAAGGGAUCCUAACGACAAUGAGGGAAAUUUUAAAAACUCUUCGACUUUUAUAGAUUUGGCUGAGACUGGAUUAGAUUCAUUGCACCGAAGCCAUGAAAAGACUUGCAAGAACAAACACAAACCAGAGCACGACUAUCAAGUCAAUGAGAAUGAUGCACUUUUGGAAAAAUUGGACGAGGAUGGUCAUUUUAACAAAUCGGUCAAUACAGGACAGAUUAUAAAUAUCGAGGAAACAAAUAUUGGGACAGAAAAGACUGCCACUGAUUUAUUAGAGGCCAGUUUGGAAAAUGAUAAAAACAAGAGAGUGGUUUUCAAUUUGGAGUCAAAUAUGGAUGCUUCAAAAGAAUACGAGGAAAAAAAUGUGGAAUCUAUAAAUACCAAAGAGUUUAAACAGUUUGAUUCUUUAUUCGUACCUGAAUCACCUUCGAAAUGGAGAGUAGAUGAUGUGGAUGAAAAUGGCGAUGAUGUAGAAAAGACAAAAAAGAGAAAAGAGGGGAAAGAUGAAGAAACAGAAGAAGGUGAAGGUAAAGAUGAAGAAAAGGAAGAAGAAGACUUUAAAAAUACUGAAAAGAGCAAAGAAUUAUCUAGCUCUAACUUGAAUAACGAGCGCAUGGUUGGCCAAAAUGAAUCAACGCAUGAUUGUGAAACUUUACCUACAGAGGAGAGCAAACCUAAUAGCAUACCAAAAACUGUAACAGCACAUGGAGCUGAUAAUAUUGACAGCAAUCAAGGCAAUGCUGUCGCCUCUCAGGAUGAACGUUUAAGUACUAGUUCUAUAUCUUUUGGUCAACUAGAAGAGGGAAAACGAGAAGGAUCUGUACGCGAUUUUGCUACUAGUACGCAGGAGGCGCAGACCCGAGCUAACAAACAGGAUGAUUUUUCAGAAGACUCACAGUAUAAUUUUACUGCUAAAUUGUUUUCAACUAAAACUGAUUCAAAAGAUCAAGCUAUUGGCAUUGCACCAACUGAAUGCGUAGAAAAUCGAGCUUCCACAUCAUCUGAUAGAAAUGGUGAUAUAAAAAUUUCCAAUAACUGUAGUGAUAAUCAAGGUGAAGCUUUUGACAAGUACGCAUCAGAAGGGGCAAAAGAUCAACAUAUUUCUAGUUGCAUUGAGGUUGAAAAGACCAUUUCGCAAACUACAGUGUUUCUUCAGUCUUUGGAUAGAGGUGAAACAAGACACAUAGAUCACUCUGUGUAUCUGGAGACGUCUGCACAUCGCUUCGAUAUGUCAUCGGUAUCUCAGCGGUACGGAGAGAUAGAGCUCGACACUGGAAAAACUAAGAGGAGAAAGGCAUUCCUUGAUGAGGGUUUAAAUACGAAAGAAAAGGUAAUUAAUGAAAGGACGGAAGUGAAGAAAAAAGAAGAAGGAAAAGUUGAGCAAAAAGAAGAAGGAAAAGUUGAGCAAAAAGAAGAAGGACAAGAAGAUCUUGACAAAGCGAAUCACACUACGUCUGCAAUUGCGAUUGAAACCAAUGAUUUUUGUAACGACGAGAAGUUGAAAAAACCUUCAAAAGCGAAAAACAGAGCAAAUCAGAGUCGACGUAGAAAGAAGAGACGUAUAGAGAGAAAGACUCCGUAUGUUGAUUAG